CCUGCACUAGCUCGUGGAAAUGCAUGGUGCGGUCGUGCCACACCCACACAGGUCAGGCUCACUUGCAUCGCCGCCGCCGGCUGCGGCGGGACCCACCACCGUGCAUGCAGCGCCUGGACCUUGUGACUAUAAAUUCCCACUCACCCUCUGGUUCCGUUCAUGUGUCAUCGUCGUCACACACUCAGGACAACGCACUCAGCAGCUAGCUAGCCUAUCAUGGCGCUGGCUCACUUCCUCGGGGCGGCAUUGCCGCUACUCCUCCUCCGUGCAGCAGAGGCCGCCGGCGAGGUGGGCGUGAACUACGGUAGGGUGGCGUACGACCUGCCGGACCCGGCGUCGGUGGUGCAGCUGCUCAAGCAGAACGGCAUCACCAUGGUGAGGCUGUACGACGCCAACCCCAAGGUGCUGGCGUCGCUGGCCAACACGGGCAUCAAGGUGCUGGUGAUGCUGCCCAACGAGGAGCUCGCCGCCGCGGCCUCCGACCCGUCCUACGCGCUCCGGUGGGCGCGGAGCAACGUGGCGGCGUUCUACCCGGCCACGCGCAUCCACGGCGUCUCCGUGGGCAACGAGGUGUUCGACUCCAGGCCGGACCUGAACGCGGACCUCGUCGCCGCCAUGACCAACGUGCACGACGCGCUGGCGCAGCUCGGCCUCGCCGACGCCGUCAAGGUGUCCACCCCCGUCGCCUUCUCGGCGGUCACGGACUCGUACCCGCCGUCGUCGGGCAGGUUCCGGGACGACAUCGCGCAGAGCGUGAUGAAGCCCAUGCUAGGGUUCCUGGAGAGGACGGGCUCCUACCUCACCAUCAACAUCUACCCCUACUUGGCGUACGCCGAGCAUCCCGACCAAAUCUCCCUCGACUACGCCCUGGGGAACUCGAACCCCGGCGUGCGUGUCGACGACGACGACGACGAUACGGCCGGCCUCACGCUCGACGACGACGACGACAACGACGGCGGCGGCGUCACGUACUACAGCCUCCUGGACGCCCAGCUCGACGCCACGUACUAUGCCAUGGAUGACCUGGGGUUCACCAGUCUGAAAGCACAUGUUGGGGAGACUGGGCAUCCGUCGGCCGGAAAACCCAAAACUGGGCGGCGGCCGCCACGCGGAGGACGGAGGCAUUUGAUGGCCGGGGACGACGACGGCGACGGGUACCCCGUUGCGUCGGUAGCCAAUGCCCAUGCGUACGUCAACAACGUCAUCAACCGCGUGCUGUCCGGCAAAACGGGCACCCCGCACCGGCCCGACGCGGACAUGGACGUCUACAUCUUCGCGCUUUUCAAUGAGAACCAGAAAGGCGACGGGCCGGACGACAUCGAGCAGAACUUCGGGCUGUUCUACCCGAACGAGCAGAAGGUGUACGAAUUCGACUUCCACGGCGGCGGCGGCGGUGGUGGCGCGAAGGCGAGCUGGUGCGUGGCGAACGCGGCCGUCGGGGACUCACGGCUGCAGACGGCGCUGGACUAUGCGUGCGGCCACGGCGCGGACUGCAGCGCCAUCCAGCCCGGCGCGGCGUGCUACGAACCCAACACCAAGCUUGCCCAUGCCUCCUAUGCAUUCAACGAUUACUACCAGAAGAACGGCCGGGCCAGCGGGACUUGUGACUUCGCCGGUGCCGCCAACGUCGUCUACCAGGCGCCAGCCGACACCUGCAACGCGGCAAAGGCGAUGAGCUGGUGUGUGGCGAACACGGCAGUCGGUGACGCGCGGCUGCAGGCGGCUCUGGACUACGCAUGCGGACACGGCGCGGACUGCGGCGCCAUCCAGCCCGGCGCGACGUGCUUCGCGCCGGACACCAAGGCCGCCCACGCCUCGUACGCGUUCAACGACUACUACCAGCGCAAGGGCCGGGCAAGCGGGACGUGCGACUUCGCCGGCGCUGCUUCCGUUGUCUACCAGCAACCAGCCGGCGCCUGCGACGCCAAGUCGAGCUGGUGCGUGGCGAACGCGGCCGUCGGGGACGCGCGGCUGCAGGCGGCACUGGACUACGCGUGCGGCCACGGCGCGGACUGCAGCGCCAUCCAGCCCGGUGCCACGUGCUUCCAGCCGGACACCAAGGCCGCGCACGCCUCGCAUGCCUUCAACAGCUACUACCAGCGCAAUGGCCGGGCCAGCGGCACCUGCGACUUCGCCGGCGCUGCCUCCGUCGUCUACCAGGCGCCAAAGAUCGGAAACUGCAUGCUCCCAUCGAGGGCAUGAACCGAAGGAACGAUGGGGACACAUCUCAGCAUCCGGGAUGUCGAAAUAAAAGUAUAAAACUGUAUCAUACUAUACUACCAAUAUCAAUAAAGUUCCAGUUCCUCACUGUAUCAUGGAACUAGAGAAUAAAGUGCAGCAAUUACAAAUUUCCUUCUGCAA